GACGGGAGCUUCGUCCAUGUCCAAUUGCACUUUGGCUCCCAGGGACAUGGGCGAGGCCUGCCUGCUGCCAGCCCUCCCAGGCUCUGAAGUGCUGGGACAAGGGCUCCACGGCAGAGACCCUCCUGCAGCUGGUUCCAGCGAGGCCCUGCGCUGCCCUGUGCUCAUGGACCUGUGGCCUGUUCCCACCAGCCGAGAGCCGGGAUGGUAUUUAGCGCUCAUAGCCCCGAAUAUCAAGGGCCCCAAUUAUCCUUGGCUCGACCCCUCCAGGCUGUAUUGUCACCGGCAGGGCCUGCAGGACUGCAUUGCAGACCUACUCCAGCCCUUCUGCGAAGACCCCAUCGACCUGGUCGCUGGAAUUGAUGCCAUGGGCUUCAUCUUAGGCGCUGCCAUAGCCAACACCCUGCAGAAAGGCUUCUUGGCCAUCCGCAAAGCCGGGCACCUCUGCGUGGAGACCUGCACUCAGCCCUACACUGACUACACUGCCCGCCAGAAGCUGCUGGAGAUGAGGACGGACACCAUCCAGCCAGGUCUGCGUGUCUUACUGGUGGAUCAGUGGAUUGAAACGGGGGGAACCAUGCGCGCUGCCAUCCAGCUGGUGGAGCAACAAGGGGGAGUGAUUGCAGGCAUCGCUGCCAUCUGCAUCGAGGACAGUGAUGGUGGCAAGUGGAUCCAGGAGCAUUACAAGUGUUCGCAGUGUGUCCCCCAACACCUGAUGCCCCAGUUCAACAGGCACCAGCUGGAGUCCUUCCAGGCCUUUGGGGCCACGCCUGGCCAGGCAUAAUUAAUGGGAUCUCCUGCUCUGCAGCCGAGCCUUGCACCAAGGUGCCCGGGGCCACCUGCUCCAUGGCCCGUGGGGUUGUCCCUGCUCCCAGAGGCCGGAAGGGAGGGGUCACAGAAGAAGAACAGCUUCCCCUCCCCUACCCCAGUCUAAUCCAAUUAACUAAUGUAACCCUUACUAAUCA